AUGGGUGCUAUCGAUAGAACCUCAGCAGUCGCUGGCCAGCUCUCCAGCCCCAAGCAGGGCAAGGCGAGACUCCUUGAGAAGAACCCCGAUGAUGUCGUCGUGACAGCAUGCCUCCGAACAGCAUUCACAAAGGGUGGCAAGGGUGGAUUCAAGGACACCAUGGCCUCCGACCUGGUCGCCGGUGCACUGAAGGGCAUCAUCGACCGCUCCAAGAUCGACCCUACCUUGGUUGAGGAUGUCUGCGUUGGAACCGUCCUUGCCCCCGGUGGCGGUGCCACCGAGAUGCGAGCCGCUGCCCUGGUCGCCGGCUUCACAGAGGGCACCGCUGUGCGAACCCUCAACAGGCAGUGCUCUUCCGGUCUGCAAGCCUGCGUGGAUGUGGCGAACCAGAUCAGCACUGGCAUGAUCGAGGUCGGCAUUGGUGCCGGUGUUGAGUCCAUGUCAACGCAAUACGGCCCCGGCGCCGUCUCUGAGUUCUCAGAACUCCUCGAGUCCCACCCCGAGGCUGCCAACUGCAAGGUUCCCAUGGGAGUCCUGUCCGAGCAGAUGGCCAAGGACCGCGGCGUCUCCCGGGCCAGCCAGGACGCCUUCGCCGCCAGCUCCUACCAGAAGGCUCUCAAGGCCCAGCAGCAGGGCCUGUUCGACCAGGAGAUCCUCCCUCUCAAGGUCAAGUUCGAGGACCCCAAGUCGGGCGAGACCAAGGAGAUCGUCGUGGACAAGGACGACGGUGUGCGCCCGGGCAUUACCGCCGAAUCCCUGGGCAAGAUCAAGCCGGCCUUCGCCAAGGACGGCAGCAUCCACGCCGGCAACGCCUCGCAGAUCAGCGACGGUGCCGCCGCCGUGCUGCUGAUGAAGCGCAGCACCGCCCAGCGCCUAGGCCAGCCAAUCCUCGGCAAGUACGUGGCGGCCAGCAUCGUCGGCGUCAAGCCCCUGCUCAUGGGCGUCGGGCCCUGGAAGGCUAUCCCCAAGGUCUUCGAGCUCACGGGCAUCACCAAGGACGACGUCGACAUCUUCGAGAUCAACGAGGCCUUUGCCAGCCAGUGCCUGUGGUGCGCCAACGAGCUGGGCCUGCCCCAGGAGAAGAUCAACCCCAAGGGCGGCGCGAUCGCCUUCGGCCACCCGCUCGGCUGCACCGGCGCCAGGCAGGUCUCCACCCUGCUGUACGAGCUCAAGAGGAGGGGCGAGCAGAUCGGCGUCACGAGCAUGUGUAUCGGUACGGGCAUGGGAAUGGCUGCUGUCUGGGUUGCCGAGUAG